GUUUCUUGUGACCCGCCCAUUCCAGUCUGGCCUGGAGCUGAGGGAACACGUCCUGUCGUCCGCCCGCGAACAACCUGCCCUGGUACCCCGUGGUCUGACCCGGUCCAGUCAUGACCCUGCGCCCCUUGCUCCUGCCGCUCUGGCCGCCGCUGCUGCUGCUGCUGCUCAGUGGGUCGGUGUGCUGGGCUGAGGCUGGGCCAGAAACCGAAAGUCCUGUCCGGACCCUCCAAGUGGAGACCCUGGUGCAGCCCCCUGAAUCGUGCACGGAGUCCGCUGCCUUUGGAGACACGCUCCACAUACACUACACGGGCAGCUUGGUAGAUGGACGCAUUAUUGACACUUCUCUGACCAGAGAUCCUCUGGUCAUAGAACUUGGCCAAAAGCAGGUGAUCCCAGGUCUGGAGCAGACCCUGCUGGACAUGUGUGUGGGAGAGAAGCGAAGAGCAGUCAUCCCUUCCCACUUGGCCUAUGGAAAGCGAGGGUACCCGCCGUCUAUCCCAGCUGAUGCAGUGGUGCAGUAUGAUGUGGAGCUGAUCGCAUUGACUCGCGCAAACUCCUGGCAAAGGCUGCUGAAGGGCAUUUUGCCCCUGGUGGGCAUGGCUAUGGUGCCAGCACUCCUGGGCCUGAUUGGGUAUCACCUAUACAAAAAGGCCAGCAGACCGAAAGUCUCCAAAAAGAAGCUGAAAGAAGAAAAACGAAACAAGAGUAAGAAGAAAUAAAUAGUGGGCUCUAAGAGAACGUUGUAGUCUCCGC